AACACAGUUGUUUCUUUUUCUGGAAAUAAAAGGAAAUUAUUUUCAAGGUUAUAGUUUAUAGGCAACAAAUAAGUGCUUGGUAGAUAUGGAGGAAGAUGAUCCGGAAGGAUCAGCGAAACGUAAAGCGCUAACAAAAGAUGGGGAAAACAAGGCUUUGAAGAACAUACAUGGUGAUGCGGUAAGGAACUUUGGGGAACCCAAUGCAUCCACCAGUUCUGAUCGGUCAGGUGGGUUAGCAGAAGAUUCAAGUAUUGAUGGAAAUUCACAGGAAGAUAUCGAGAUAAGUUCCAGAAGGAAAAACUCUGAAUUGUAUAUGUUCGAAAAGCUACAAAAAUUCGGUUUUAAAAGGAACUACACCUGUAAAAAUGUAGGUUAUAAUACAUUCCGGUUCUCGUUUAAUAAUUUCUCUUCUGCAAACAAUUUUGUCACAAAUCCAAUUCUAAGGACUGCCCAACUUAAGGCAUUCAUCCCAGACCGUUUCAUUGCUAAGUUUAUUGUAAUCAGAAACGUUCCUAUCUCCUUCACGGAUGAGUUGAUAAGAGAAGAACUACAAUUUGAAUGUAAUGAUUUUGAGGUAUUCUCUGUUUUUCGCUUUACGCGACGUGAAAUUAAGGAGGAUAAGGUAAUGUUUUUACCCACUCAAACAGUGAAGAUUGGCUUCAUAGGCGAGAAUAUCCCCAAGAGAGUUAGAAUGUGUGGUACAAUGGCGGAGGCGGAAUUGUAUAUUCCUCCACUACGACAAUGCAAAAACUGUGGCCGGCUAGGUCACAUUGCUGACAGGUGUAAAUCCUUAAAAAGAUGUCUCAUAUGUGGUGAACAGAUUCCAUGCCCGGAUAACUGCAAGGAAAAGAAAUGUGAAAACUGUAGGAAAACUACAAAAUGUGUCCCCGAAUGCAACUCCCCCAAAUGUAUUCUAUGUAACUCUAAGGAUCACAUAUCAUCAGAUUCACAUAAAUGCAAAAAGUGGACUUCUGAAAAAUCAAUUAGGGAGAUUAUGACAAUAUCUAAUCUGUCCAGGAAAGAGGUUAUGGAGAAAUAUCCUUCCCACAAUUAUUAUGAAAUCUUAGGUGAAGAAGGCUAUGAGAAUGCAUUUCCUCCUCUAACAAGACAUAAUCCGGAUUCAUUGGAUGUAAAUCGCGAAAUUAAUAAAAGACUAACUAAAAUUCGAUAUAGCAAAGUGGCCGCCUCGAUUCCCAAACGCAUCCAUGAACUAGCUAACCCUAUUACCAUAAACCCUUCACAACCCACGUAUGAUUACCCUAAGUAUCACAAAGUAUCUGAUUUUGAAAAGCUAGUGAACAUCUUUUCUUAUAAAAUGGCUACCGUAUUAAAAUCCAUCAAUUGUACUGAGGGACUAGACAUCCUUAACAACUUUCAAGUAAGCAUACAAUCAGAACCUUCAGCAAGAAUUCGUCAAGACAGCAACAAAACUAAUGAAAGCAGUUUUAUACCUGCGCCCAACUAUUAACAGUCAACUUCCAACAAGUAAAACCAACCAGAACAAACAAGCAAUCUCAAUUCUACACAUUUUAUUUUC